ACUCGGUUCUCCUCUCAUUCCCUAUACGAGUCGUCGACUACGUAUAAAGUCGGAAGAAGAAGUCGCCUAAACGACGGAUCCGUGUUACACGAACCGGUUAGACAGUAGCCACGCGUUGAAAACAAUCGUUCCGAGUCGAGCCGGCCGAAGGACCUCACUCUCUCUCUGUCUCUCGCGAGUCAACCGUGAGAAAAGACACCCGACAUCGUCGAUUUUCAAUUGAUUCUCAUCGACAAAGCUCGAUUCCUGACACCUGAGAGAACUGGUGCCGAUCCCUGACGAUCUCGUGGCCCGCGGCGCGCUGUCCCUAACUCGAAAAUAACAGAGAAGAAAGAAGAAAAGGAGGAAGAGGAGAGGACAGGGAGCAAGGAACUCUGAAGAAAACGACGAUCCUUAGACCACCGUCGUCCUAGUAACGCGGCAGAUAUCCGCCAGGGCCGAAUUUUUUCGAGCAGACAGAAGAUGAACUCGGUAUUGUUGAAAUUGGUGGUGACGGUGUUGGCGGUGCUGUACGUCGCAGACUACUCGCAGGGCGCAGCGGUAAGAUCGGAGGAGUUCGCUGAACAACUGAGCCGCAUUGUUCAAGAAGAGAAUCCUGACAGUCUGAGGACUCAGAGGGCUACCAAAAUCGGGGACGAUGACAAACCGUUACGAAACUGCUACGACGAGCCAUGCGGAUGGAACUCCUACAACCCUGUUACUCGCCGAGGCUCAAUUUUCAUGCCGAAUACGUGCAAAUGCCCCGACAAGUCCUUCAGAUGCAUACGCACUGGCGAAAACAUAUCAAUGAACGCGUACGUCUACCACUGUCGCCAGAACACGACAGCGGACGACAUCGAGGGCAGAUCGCCGUACACCAUGGACCAGGCGGACUACAUCAGUUAAAACUCGCGCGCCGUUUAACGCUUGAAACGAGCAUGCGCAUUUACCUGAACCCGCGCAACAUCAUCAGCAGCUCGAAGUGUCACCGUCAGCCUCAUCUCGCGUCCACUAAUUCUCAUUUUCCUCUUGGUCCCAGCAUUCUUCACGAACUGCUUCCGGUCCCCGUCUUUACUGGUCGCCAUAAACCAUAUAACCUGGUCUCCGGGAAAGAUGGCGAACGAAUAAGUAAAAUAAGAAAAAAUAAUUGAACUGGUCGCAUUCUACUUUGCAUCGGACGCAUACAGUAUUUGCAAGGGACUAUCUUCGAAGAAGAUUCAUUCACAUGUUCGAAUCAGCACAUUCGAAUUUCCCGCGCGGCCACUGAUUCAAAUUCAAGCGCGACCAUCUUUGAACCGCCAAUUCAUAUCGAACGAAAUAAUUCGUGAUCGUGAUUUCGUGUUCUCAACCGAUAGAUUAUCAAUUCAAUCGAGACGAUCGAUCGAAUUGGUAAUGGUGUAUGAAAGAUAAUUAAAGGGAAUUAAAGAAUUAUCGAUUGAAUUGGUAAUUAUACGGGAGAAAUCGAAGAUAGUCGACGGUUUCGGGUAGCGGCAUCCCGAGCCUCGAGUGCGAGAUUUUCGAAAUGGAUUAUUAUCACGCAAAAUGAUAGUUUCUGAUAUUUCUUUGCAUAAUUCCGUCCCUAGUCUUACUAUCGAUAGUUUUAAAGCAGUUUUAGCGUGGGGAAUUUGAAUAAUUCAUGAUUUUACCUUGAUUAUGUACGGAGCGGCUGCGAACGAUGUGACUCGGUGAAACGGAGAUACUAAACUGCGCACGCAUCCGCUUUUGAAAACGAAGGUCUCGCACGAUGGCGCGAUUUUUCAAAUUAGGCUUGAUUCGCACGUGAGGUCGCUACGGGUUUGAAACGUUGCAAAAUGAGAAAACAUAAACAUAUCGGGUACUGAUUUGCCUAUCGUUCGACGUAGAAUAGACGCACGGAGAACCGUAAGUUAACUAAAAUUAUUUUACUUGGAUUAUCAUAACAAAUAGUUCAUUGUAAGUGAUGGUUACGUUACAACGUACGUAAUCGAGUAGUGGACUAACAUUAAUUGUUUUCUUUUUUAAGUACUAUUUAUAAUAACAUUCAGCUUCAUCUCUUUGAAAUCUCUUCGCAGCGAAAUCGGCUUAUUGAAAGAAAAACUGUUAACCUCUUUCAAUGAACAAGUUCUAAUGAUUUUCGAAAUAACGGUUUGAAUAGAAUUACUGAUGGGUCUAAAAGAAUUCAUAUUUAUCAAAAUAAGAGUUUAAUUCUGCAUAUACAUAAGUGUAUCACUAGGAUUACGGUUAAACGUAAUUAUUAGACUGCGACGAUGCAAAGACUUCUUUUCUCUAUUUUAAUUAUUAUUAAUCGUUACCUAGCUUCGGUUAUUUCAAAUCGUUUUAUAAAAAUAAUACGUAUAUAUUCGUUAACAUCCGCAGUCUAGUAAUUACGGUUUCGCAUUAACAGCGAAGGUACGCGGCUCGCAGCAACAUUUAAUUCAUUCGUUUCAAUUUUACUCGUGGACAAGAAUACUUUACCCUUUCAAAUUACCAUGAAUGUAUAAUGGAAAUUAAUUUUAUCAAAUCAGACCUGUUCAAGGUGUAAAGCUAUAGCAAGCUUAGUUACAGUAUUUUGAUAAGGCACAAUUCACGAUUUUGUACUUAACCGGGGAAAAUUCUAUUGAAUCAUUUUAUAUAACGUAAUGGACUAGUAAUGUAACUAUAUAAUAUCAUUUGCUCGUUACGCAACAUCAUACUCGAAUUUCUUAUUUAACGACCAAAGAGGUCCUUGCUCAAAUUGAAACGAAUCUUUUCACGUUUCAUAGAUACAUUACACCGUCUUGCAAUUGCUUUUGAAUAUUGCAGUGCAGUAGGCAUACAUAAAACGAUAAAAUAGAGAAGUAAUUAUAUCGAAAAGUUUUUCUACACGUUUUCAAAUAGGAAACUUAGAUUCUGUAAUAAUAUUUCACUACAUUGGAGAACUCGUUAUUUUAUCCAAGAAGUAUAACUAAACAGCUAGAUUGGCAUUAAACAACUAAUUUACACAACCUGUAAUUAGUAGACUGUGGAUGCUCAAAACAAAUAUAGACUUUUAUCAAUUUAUAGGAACAGGAAUUACAUAGCAAUCCGUUUAUUCCGUUAACGCUAUAUAUAUUAUCAAAAUUUAAGUGAACCAAAAGUUUGAUAAAAUUUCAAUCGAAUCUGCAGUCUAGUAAUUAGAGAAAUUUAUAAGACGUGUAGGAAAAAGUACAGACAAUGUAUUCGUAUGCAGUAUUUCACUAUGUAGAGUGAUUAUGAUUUAGUUGGAAGGAGUGAGUGCUCCUUUCGUGAAUAAUUGACGAAAUCCGUAAGAAGAAUGCGUUCUUCGUGAAGAAAGCAAGCAUGGAGAAGUGUGUAGUAACUAUCAUGGCGGUCUUGGAUGCAACAAUUUUAUGUCUUUCUUAUUUCUGUCUUAAAGGAACGAAAGAAGGCUUCAAAAAUAGAUAUGUGAAUCUCUCUAAGCAAUAUUUUAGUUCCAUAGUAAUUUUCAUCAUCUCUUUUGGAUCUCUAGAAAUCUAUUUUCUUAAUUAUCGUCGACAGUAACUUUCUUACAUUGUCUUUGGUACCUUGACCAGAGCCAUGAACAGUAUAGCUAAAAUUUGAUUGCUCCCUGUAACAUCGAAAUUACCAAUACUCCAUAGCACACCUUUCUUCGCGUCGUUCCGCUUACAUAUACAUUUACAAGAUUUACAAUUAAAUUAUUUACAACGUUAUGCUACAACUCACGCGUUACGUUAUGCUACAUCUAUAGUUGUACAAUGAUUAUCAAUGUUACCAUUUUUAAUAAAACUAAAGUAAUGUUGUAGGAAUGAUUAUGUUCUUGCUUUUAAACCUAUCACUUACCU